AUGGCUUCUACAUCUAACCCAAAGAUAUUCUCAUUACAUGGCAAAGGCCUCAAGCUCGAUACCAGAGCUGAUAUCGAGCCGUACUUGAAGGAUGUUGACCCCUCUAUCCUGGAAGAAGUGCACUUUGGAGGGAAUACCAUUGGUGUCGACGCGUCGGAGGCACUGGCAGAAUUCCUUGCCAAGGCUACGUCCAUAAAGGUUGCUGAUUUCGCCGAUAUCUUCACGGGUCGUUUGAUCUCAGAGAUUCCUCAAGCUUUGACUGCCAUUUGCGAUGCCCUGGUGGACAAGACGUCGCUUGUCGAAAUAAACUUGAGUGAUAACGCGUUCGGAGGACGAUCCGUCGAUCCUAUGGUGUCGUUCUUGACGCACAACAGGAGUUUCCAGAUACUGAGGUUGAACAACAAUGGACUAGGCCCUGCCGGAGGAGAAGUCAUCGCCAAAGCCCUGCACGAAUCAGCUAAACUGAGUAAAGCUGAGGGAAAGAAAUCGAAUUUGAAGGUCGUGAUCUGUGGCCGCAAUCGUCUGGAGAAUGGAUCCGCGGAAGCGUGGGCCGACGCAUUUGCGGAACAUGGCACGCUAGAAGAGGUGCGGAUGGUGCAGAAUGGGAUUCGCAUGGAAGGAAUUACACAGCUUGCGAGAGGAUUGGCGAAAAACCCUAAUAUCCAACACAUCGAUCUUCAGGAUAACACCUUCACCGUCGACGGUGAACUAACCGGUGUUGAAGCCUGGACGGAGGCACUCUCUUCAUGGCCACUCCUACAUACCCUCAAUCUUUCGGAUUGUGUUCUCUCAGCAGAUGGAGAAGUACCCACUCUUAUCGAGAAACUAGCCAGCGGAUCAAACCCGAAACUGCACACUCUUCAAAUCCAGAAUAACAAUCUGGAAACCGCAUCUUUCGCUGUCUUGUCCAACGCUAUCAGCCAAGGCCUUAACAGCCUUAUGCGUUUAGAACUACAAUGGAACGAUGUUGAAGAGGAUGAUGAGCAUCUCGAAAACCUUUCUUUGGGAUUGAAGCAAAGAGGUGGUAAACUUUUCGCAUCAGAUGAAGAAGAUGAAGAGGAGGAGGAACUGAAGGAGGAAGAAGAGGAAGAAGAUCAGGCCGAGAAAGAGGAGGAGGCCAGGGAGGCUGAUAAAGAGGCCAAUGAAGGUGCCCCACAACCCGAAACCUCAACGAAACCCAAGGACGAUGCAGAUGAUCUCGCGGAUCUCCUGAGCAAAGUUGGGAUUAAAGAAUAG